AUUUGUUCGUUGGCGGUUGCAGUUUUCUUUUAAAAUAUUUAUAGUCACAAAUAACAAAAGUUAAGUGCGAUGAAGCUGCUUCCAUUAGCGGUUUCCUUGCCAUCUCUACUGGUGUUGUUAAUCUUUAUCCAGUCCAGUCAUUCAACACCGAUCCUCGACCCGAUUAAUAUCGAUACGGAUUUUAUAAAGGCAGCUAAAGAGAUAAUCUCAUUUGUACGCUCAGAUAUUGAUGAAUUAGAUAAAGAAACGGGCAACUUUGAAACGGCAAAGAUCCGCGAAAAUCAACUCAAAGUGAUUCAACAUUUGAAUAAUGUCACCAUACAAGUUCGCCAAAUCAACGAUCAAUUAACACCCUCCGAAGAACGGUCGUAUUUGGAUUUUAAUACCAGAUUCCAUAUAAAAGAAGAUUUAUCAAACCUUUUACUAAGCUUCGGAUAUUUGGAUUUAUUUUACAAAUUAUCCGAUUCCACCCCACAAUACUUCGAUAAUUUUGUUGAAUCAAUUUCUGGGCUAACCAUCGACCGGUUCCCAUUUGACCCAAACUCUACAAAUGUGUUUUAUCAGAUAAUCCACGGAUUUGAAUGUAAACAGCACGAUUAUGAGUGUAAAAAAAUCAUAAAGAGGUUUAAUGAAUUCCGGAAUAGAUCUGAAAUUCCUGACAAUUUAAAUUACGAACAACAACAGUCUCCUCAACAAUUAUAUUACUCGUUAUAUAAAGAAAUAGCGCUGGGCGAACUUAUGGCAUAUAUUCUGAUCGAAUAUUCAUUGAUGAUUAAAAAGGUCUCUGCAAAUGGAAAUUUUAUUACAAAAAGGAAUGCCGUUCGACACAACUAUGAUGAGAUCACUAAAAAUGCUCUCAAUUCUCUCAAGCAUGUAACGGAGAAAGCUGAUCGUGCUCUAUGGCGACGGGAUCCCGAUGAACGUGUGUAUAAUGAAACCUUCGCCGUUGUCGAACUUAAUGAAGAAAAUGGGGAUCGCUAUUUCAAUCUUCGAGAAACAUUAUCGGAUGUUAAAGCCAACAAAGUUGUGACUGGAAUACGAUUUGUGAAUAAGAAUCACAUAUUCCAUUUGCAAAUACAGCGGGGAGAACUCUUGCCCCGUGGUCUUAUCAAUAAAUCAACUGUGGAGUGGAUACCAAUCGAUAACUAUGAAAUCGGUAAUUCCAAUGUUAAGGAGGGAGUCGACUACCAUAAAAAGCCGCGCUAUAGAUCUGGAUGA